AUGGGGUUGGGGGUAUUUGCGGCGGAGCCGCCGGUUUGUGGAGUCAAGGAAACUUGGGGUCAUUAUCAAUUGAAUGUGAACAACGCUUUUUUACAUGGGGAUCUACACGAAGAGCUUUAUAUGAAAUUUCCAGCUGACCUAGACCACCCUGCUCCUAAUUUGGUUUGUCGCCUGACGAAAUCUCUUUAUGGGCUUCGUCAAGCUUCUAGUUUUACUCACUCCUUAAACGACUACUCUCUCUUCUACGAGAAGAAUGGUGAUUCUGUCUCUUUGGUGGCUGUUUAUGUGGACGAUAUCUUACUCACAGAUAACAACAUUCAGGAGCUCAAUGAUUUAAAACAUUUUCUAGAUCAGGAGUUUGAGAUAAAGGACUUGGGGAACUUAUCUUAUUUUUUGGGCAUGGAAGUACUUCGUGAGCCAUCUGGUCUGAUUCUCUGUGAACGCAAGUCCACCCUAGAACUCCUUACUGAAUUUGAUUGUCUUGGUCUAUCUCCUGCUUCUUCUCCUUUGGAACCUUCUUCCAAGCUCCAUGACGGGGAUCCUCGUGAGCCUCAUUUUUCUGCUGCCCAUCAUUGUCUUCGUUACCUUCUUCGUGAUCCUGGUUUGGGACUUUUCAUGUCCGCUGAUCCUUCUCUUGACUUAAUCUCUUUUUGCGACUCCAACUCGGGUUCUUGCCCUGAUAGUCGUCAUUCAGUUAGUGGGGUUUUCAUCAUUUUGGGAGGUUGUCCUGUCUCUUGGAAAUCCAAGAAACAGUCUUCCGUCUCUUUGUCUUCUGCAGAGGCCGAGUACCGGUCGAUGAGGCGUGUUGUUAUCGAGUUGCCUUGGCUCGUUCGUCUUCUCGAUGACCUUUCUAUCGUUCCUUCUUUACCGGUACCUCUUCACUCGGACAGUCAGGCUGCUAUCCACAUCGCUAAAAACCCCGUCUUUCACGAGCGUACCAAACAUGUGGAGCUUGACUAA